AGCAGCUGUAGGUCGGCAACGGUUGGGAAUGUGAGGUUUGGUUGUUUGUGAAAUGGGUUUUAAUUUAAUGGACAAACUUUGGAUUUUGUAACUUUGAGACGAUUUGCUAAUUGGGAUAUGAUGGCAGCAGUAUUUAAAUCUUUGAUGAAGACAAAACUUGCUUGUCACAGUGUCAGAGCAGCUUGUGUACGAAAACUGAACCUGUUAGAAUGCCAGAGCAAGGCUCUUCUGGACUCAAAUGGAGUAGCUAUUCAGAAAUUCAGAGUUGUUGAAAAUGUAGAAGAAGCCAGGUGCCUUACUCAAAAUUUCAAAGUGGAUGAGUAUGUUAUUAAAGCACAAAUUCGUGCAGGAGGUAGAGGACUUGGGCGUUUUGACAAUGGUUUCAAAAGCGGAGUACACUUAACUAAAGACCCAUGUGACGUUGUGGAGAUUGUUGGGAAGAUGCUUGGCCACAGGUUAAUAACAAAGCAAACUCCAAAAGAAGGUAUUUUGGUUAAGAAAGUGAUGGUAGCUGAAUCAGUGAAUAUAGUACGGGAGACCUACAUAUGCAUACUAAUGGAUAGGGGCUUCAGUGGUCCAGUUAUUAUUGCCUCAUCUGCUGGUGGAACAGAUAUAGAAAGUGUGGCUGAAAAGACUCCAGACCUGAUAAAAACUAUACCUGUGGAUAUUAUGGAAGGUGUAACUGACAGCAUGGCAAAAGAUGUAGCAGAAUUCUUGCUCUUUGAAGGGAAUUUGAAAGCUAAGGCUACAGAGCAGAUUAAAAAAUUAUGGAAGUUAUUCCAAAGUGUUGAUGCUCUGCAGAUGGAAAUAAACCCUUUUGUUGAGACAGACAAAGGUGAUGUCAUUUCAGUAGAUGCCAAACUUCAGUUUGACGAUAAUGCUCAGUUUCGACAGAGAGACAUCUUUAGCCUGGAAGAUGUAUCAGAAACUGAUCCACGUGAAGUAGAAGCAGCAAAAGCCAAGCUAAAUUACAUUCCAAUGUCUGGCAACAUUGGUUGUCUUGUGAAUGGUGCUGGCCUUGCUAUGGCCACUAUGGAUAUCAUAAAGUUGCAUGGUGGAGAGCCAGCCAACUUCCUGGAUGUAGGUGGGGGUGUUCAAGAGGAUCAGGUUUUUAAAGCUUUUCAGAUUCUCACAUCAGAUCCAAAUGUGAAGGCCAUAUUGGUGAAUGUUUUUGGUGGGAUUGUUAACUGUGCCACAAUAGCAAAUGGAAUCGUAAAUGCAUCACUCAAUUUGAAGUUAAAUGUUCCCUUGAUAGUGCGUUUAGAAGGUACAAAUGUAAAUGAAGCGAAGCAGAUUUUGUCAACUUCUGGCCUUGACAUCAUGUCUGCAUCUGACCUAGAGGAAGCUGCCCAGAAAGCAGUAUCUUGCCUUAAGUGAUAGCUGUGUCCAAUUCAGGUGCAGAUUUUAAUAGAAACUUAUAUAAAGGAAACAAUUUUAAUUAAAAUGCAAGAAGAGAACAUGCAAGAACUUAAGACAUCGGAGACAAUAAAAUACACAGGAUGGACAGAAAAGCAGAACCUUAAGAAUGUCACAUUUCUCAGUAAAUAAUCUAGCAGUAGAGUGAUACCAAACGGUAUUAAUUCUGCCAUAAGUAUUUAUAGAUAUAUGCUGCUUGGUAUUAAUGUGGUCUACCACUACUAUACAUAUAUCAUGUUUAAAACUAUACAAAUUUUACAGUAUGUUACCAUAACAGCAUCCUGUUGUAUGACAAUAUUAAUGUUUUGUGACGUGUAUAACAUUUAUGUAUACAAAUACAAGGCAUAGACCACCUUGAGAAUAUGAGUAAUUUUAGCCAUUUCUGCUCCAUUAAGGCUUUUAAUUUAUGUGGGAUAUGAAUGACACACCAGAAUAAGUUAAUAUGAUAAAUUAAAAAAAGUACUUGAGGAUAGAGAAAAUUACAUAAUGAGGAGCUUAAUAAUUAAUACUGUUCACCUAAUUUUAUUAGGGUGAUUAAAUCAAGAGGAAUUAGAUAUAUAAAUAUGUAAGGCACAUGAUGAGAUGAGAAAUACGUACAAAAUUUUAAAUGGAAAACCUCAAGGAAGAGCUCCCUAGGCAUAGAUGGAAGAAUAAUAUUGAAAUGGAUCUCAGAAAAAUAGGGUCUGAGUUUGUGGACUGGAUUGAAUUCACUCAGAAAGAUUGAAAUGGAAGGUUUCUUUGACAAAAUAAUGAACCAUCAGGUUUUAUAAUGCUGAACCUUCUUUUACCAUCUGAGAAUAAAUUUUUCAAGACAUACAACCCGCGCUGUAGUGACUAAUUCCUUAAAAUAUACUAUUCUCAAUUUAUAUGACCAGUAUGUUUGCGUUCAGACAUUUUCAGUCUCAUAAUAAAUUAGUAUCAAACAUAAAACAUAAAAUUAAUCUAAGUAUUUCAUACUGCCAUUACUUUGUAAUGUUUCUAAUAUUGAUAGUUUAUUCCAGACAGAAGGAAUGAUGAAAAAUACACAGUCAGAAUUAUUGGAACAACUACUUGUCUACAUACAGCAGUAAAGGCAGUGUUGGGGAUUAUGCAGAUAGUACACUGUGACAUUGAAUGUGCAUAACUGCUGAGAAAAUAACUGUUUGCAUAUUUGUGAACAUACUGUCACAUGAUCCUUUCAGCUUCGCCAGUAAUUAUUACCAGAAACUAAUGUUGAGCACUGGAUAUACAAGUCUCACGUCUCAUAUAAUUCCAAAUGGAAAUUUUAAAUUAAGUUUGCAUUAAUUAAAUGCAGAUAAUUUUGAAUAGCUUUUUAUAUUCCAGUUCUAGACGUCUGCAGACUGUUGAAUUCCAGAACACGAAGUAAUCCCUUAUUUUGACUUCAUAUGUAUCUCAUCAGUAUUAUCACAAUUGCAGGGACAUUCUUACUCUACCAUGGUUUCUUGCGUGGCAUACUCUUUGACCUAAAAAGUGUUCCUCCAAAAAACUGGUUGACUUUCAGUAUAAACUCUUCACAAUUAAAAUAAUUACUCAUCGUCCAUAAUGUGUUCUUUAUGAAGUUGGUAAAUUCUUCAUAUAUUUCAAGGAGGGUAAACAUGCCUUGUAUAUAUAUAUAUAUAUUGUACAAUUUAGUAACAAUGGUCAAGCAGCAGUCAUGAAAAGACACUAUUUUGGGUCCAGUUCACUGUUAACAGCAACUAAACUGAUACAUUACACCAAAGUUUUGUGCAAGGGCAAUAAAAGUGCAUAUAUUUUGUAACAUUUAUAGUAUCCAUCAACAUGGGCUUCCAUUUUUAACAAUCAAGCUGUUAAAUUAUGUACAAAAAAAUAUUUUUUUUAAUUGAGGUUUAUAUUUCAUGUAUAUCAUCUCUGCUGUUUAAAAAUUGUUGUAAUCUGUAAAAAUAUUGCUAAAAUAGGGUGUCCAAAAAAUUAGUAUGGCUAGAUUUUGAUGUUUUUUAUAAAUGUUAGAUAUGCAAACGCUAGGGUUGUCUUCUAUUUGCUGUACUUACAUGU